GAUGGACACAAAGUUUAGAAAAUUGAUUUCCGGUCUAAGAAGAAAUGUCAGUUUUGCGAUGUGGUAUUUGUUCAGCUUUAACAGAUGAUGUUGUAACAACAUUAAAAGACAAUGGAAUCCGAUCUGUUGUAGAUCUAAUCACUCAAAAUCUAGAAGACUUAUCACAGAAAACAAAACUGUCAUACAAGGAUUUGGUUGCCAUUGUUAAUGUUUUGUUAGCACAGUAUUCUUCAUUCCCUGUAACUGGAGAAGCAUUGUAUAACACUGUCCUUACAUCUACCUCAAUCUUACCUACAGCUUGUCAAGGGUUUGAUCAGAUACUGGAUGGUGGAUUGUAUACUGGAGAGGUAACAGAAGUAGCAGGAGAAAUAGCUUCUGGCAAAACUCAGAUAUGUUUAAGUAUGACAGCAUCAGUUAUAUGUCAUUCUAAACAGAAUGUUAUGUAUGUGGAUACGGCAGGUGGAUUUUGUGCAGAGAGACUGGAGGAAAUCUUAUACACUAAAUAUCAACAGGAGGACAACCCUGAUGUGUUUAGCCAUAUCAGAUGCAUCCAAACGUAUGAUAUAUACAGCCUAUUAUCAGAGCUUCAACAGAUCAAAGUAAACAUUAUACAACAGUCUGAUCCCUUUUAUGCUGGCUUGAAGCUGAUUAUAAUUGACAAUGUUGCAUCAGUGAUUUACCCAAUACUUGGAGGAAACCAGUUAGAUGGUCAUGGAUUAAUUGCACAGUUGUCACAGCUCCUAAAACUAUUGGCUGUUGAUUAUUCAUUGUCUGUAUUGGUGAGCAAUAAUGUUGUAGUAAGUGAUGGAGAAAAGAAAGCAAGUUUGGGCAAAGUUUGGUCACAUGUACCACACACUAGAGUAUUGGUGUCAAGUAUGGGAGACCAAGAGAGACAACUCGUACUUGUCAAAAGUUCUAGAUCAAAGACUGGACAGACUGCUAAAUUUAUGAUCUGUGAAAAAGGAUGCGUAGAUCCAGGAUGAACUUGCUGAAUUGUUUGAAAUGUGACAGAUCAAUUUCUAUAUUGUAUCCCGUGAAGGUUAUUCAAGUGUAAGACUA